AUGCGCAAUUUGCCUUUUGCUAAAGCUUUUGAUAAUGCUGUAGUAAUCUGCUUCUUUUCUAGACUCUUGUCUCUAUUUCCACUAGUAUGGAAGCUCAAAAGAUUGUUCAAUCUUGGAUCAAAGAAACGACUAAAAGAAGCCAUUGGAAUUAUCGAUAAGUUUGCUUUGGAGAUCAUCAAAUCAAAAAAUCAAGAAAAAGAGAGUGACAAGAGUCAAGAUCUGUUAUCAAGAUUCAUGUUCUUGAGUUCCGAUUAUGAAUUUCAAGAUCAAGAACAAAAGACCAAGUUCUUGAGAGAUAUAGUUAUAAGCUUUGUUCUUGCCGGCAAGGACACAAUAUCAACUGCCUUAACAUGGUUUUUCUGGUUGCUCAUGGAAAACCCUUGUUGUGGACGCUUGAUUUAUCAAGAACUAACUGAAGUGGCACCGCUGGAAGCGGUGUCAGAAUCAAGAAUGAGAAUAUUUAGCUAUGAUGAUUUAAAAAGGCUUCAUUGCUUGCACAGCUAUAUCAGAGAUAAUGAGACUGUUUCCACCUGUGGCCAUCAACUUAAGAUUAACAUGGACGAUGAUGUUUUGCCAGACGGGACACGUGUAGGGAAAAGGUGGUUUGCUGAUUAUUUAGCUUAUGCAAUAGGCAGGAUGGAGAAGGUAUGGGGCCAAGAUUGUUCAGAGUUUAAGCCCGAGAGGUGGUUGGAAAUUUUGUCUGAUUUAGGAUUAUUUAUUUGAGGGUAAGAUAUAAUUGAUUUGCUGAUUAGGAUAAAACAAAGGAGUCAACAAAACAUAUGGCAAGUGGUCUGUAGUAUUUUGUAAAUCCGGCGGAUUUUGGAAAGGUAUCAGAAUAAAAUAAAUUGAAGAUUUAUUACUAAAUGGAUAUAAAUAGCUAAGAAGAGUUGAAGCUCUUUGGCAAGAAGAGUUCCCUCCCUGCAUGCAAUUUCAAUGGAGUAUCAGUCCUUGUAUAGACAAUUUACUCAACAAAAGAAAACAAUUCCGAAGUCUUCGCUCCAUGUCUGUUCAUUUCUUUGCU